UUAGGUGAGCUGAAAAAUGAAAAUAAGAAAAGGUAAGUGAUGUUAUAAUUUUUGUUCUUUCUCAAGUGCUGUCUCUAACUCAUCCCAUUUAUAAUUAUACCACAUUCAUCUGAUGCUUGCAUAAACUUUCAUUUCAACAAAUAUAAAGGGUUAAGAAAUAUCUGUUCCCAAAAAGAACCAACUUGUAUAUUACUAAGCGAAUACUCUGAGAAAAUUUUUUACUUGUUAUUAUUUAUAUCUUGAUAUUGAAAUUGGUAGAAAGAUAUGUUGAGAAAAAACAAAACAAAUUUGUUUCUUUUAAUGAUACACCGUGCAGGUAAUUCAUGAAAUAAAUACAUGCAAGUAGAUUUCCGAAUCCAUUGCGCUCAAGGCAUACAUUAAAUUAAUUUUUAUUAAUCUCGUAAUUCACUACUGUUGUUACCCAUGUUCACAUAUUGACGCUCCAUUUACUUGUUCCCGAACCUUGCGAUUUUUACCCAUUUCAUUUAUAUAUGUUUAACAAGUUAUGAAAUUUAACUUCUAGUCUUACAUGCAAAGCAAUCAGUCAAGCAAUUAUCAUUAUAUAAAAUGAUAAGAAUAUUGAAAUAAGCAUUAUUAUUAAUUCUUUCACCUAAGUUAUAAGGUAGAUUUUCACAAAAAAUGUAGUUAUUAUUGAAAUACUUAAUAAAUAGUCUUAAAAACUGUCAUUCUGUUAACUUAUUGCUUUGAGUUCUUCUUUCAAUCAAAUUGAUUAUUGGGGUUCGAUAAGGUUUGCUUACAAUUAAUAUUAACACAUGAGCUUGUACAAACUAUGCAGACACACUACUGUUUACACUUAAAAUAUGUAUAGGGGAGCCAGGUUAAUUUAUGCCUAUGUUUUGCUGCCUAGUGGUUAUCACUUUAUCUAUUAAUGGACUGGGCUUUGUGUGUUAACUCCACCAAAAUUGUGUCUAAAAAUAAAGUUUCAUCUUUGCCAUCAUUUAGACCAUUUUCGCCUAUGUCUGAUACAAAAGUUUUAUUUGUCUAAGAUCUAAACAUUACUGUUUAUUCUGAAGGAGAUUAAUCCCUGUUAUUCAGUUGUUGAUUUUUAAUUUGUAUAUAUGAUGUCUUGUAUUUUCAUAUACUAAAAAAUUAUACGGAUAUGAAAGUUUCACCCGCACAUAAUCUUUUUCUUUUCUUCUAAUGUUCAGUGUUGAAGAGCCUAAAGAAUCUUCAUCAGCACUGCCAGUUCCCAAACAAGCUGGUUUUGUAGAGGCAGAUAAAUACUUUCUUCCUUUUGAGUUAGCGUGUCAAUCAAAAUGUCCACGAAUAGUGAACAUAGCCUUGGAUUGUCUUCAGGUAAUUUUUUUCCUUCUUAAAAAUGGAAUUCUUCUCUCAUACUUGUUCAUAAAAAGAGGAGAGGAAAAGAAAAAAAAAAGAAAAUUUCCAUACACAAUUCAUUUACUGAAUGCUUAAAAUUUACCUCAAAGAAUGAUUGUUAAAAAAAAUAUAUAACCAUGAUAAUCUGGUGAUAUAAAGAUGUUUGUCAAUACCUUUAGACUCAUGUUGUUUAAAUACUGAAACAGUUCACAUUCUAGAUGUAGCUUUCAAUGAGGUUCUGUUUAUUAUUGACUCUAAUUUUGUUUCUUUAUUCAUCAUUUAUAUUUCCAGAAACUUAUAGCCUAUGGUCACUUGACAGGCAAUACCCCAGACUCAACAGCCCCAGGGAAACGCCUUAUAGACCGUAUAGUAGAGACAAUCUGUGGGUGCUUCAAUGGGCCACAGACGGAUGAGGGUGUUCAGUUACAGAUAAUAAAGGUUUGGAACCAUUUUAGGAAUUUUUCUUAAUGUUGACAAAUACAUGCAUUCUCGAAUAUAUUGUAGUUAAUAUUUAUAACGAAGAUCGCAAAGUUGAAUGAAAUUAUUACAGGUCCUCAAUAAGAAAUGACUAAAUGUUUUACUUUGGAUAUCAAUAAAAUAAUAAUAUCAUUUGGGGGUAUGCUGUAGCAAACACAAUUCUUCUUUAGGCUCACAAUCAACCACCUACAUUUAGAGGGCAAGUGAUUCUUUGCCUAAAAUUUAACAUUAUUUUAUGAAAAGCCUAUAUUAAAAUGAAAAGCUACCCUAUUCUUUUGCAUUAAAAUGUUUCCUUCAAGGCACUCCUGACUGUAGUGACUUCCACAACGUGUGAAAUCCAUGAGGGUACUGUGCUUCAGACAGUUCGCACCUGCUACAAUAUUUACUUGGCCAGUAGAAAUCUAGUGAACAGACUGACAGCCAAAGCAACCCUGACCCAGAUGCUCAAUGUCAUCUUCAGUCGCAUGGAAGCCCAAGCCGUGAGUUAUACCUAUAAAGAUGUUUUACAGAAUCCAAACAUUUGAAUUGUUGUCACUAAUUAUGUUCCUACUGAAAAUAGGUUUAAUUUGCCUCAAAAGAUUAAGAUGUACAGUCAUCCCUCUUCUAUUGGGGGUGUUAGUUCCAGGAACACACACCCCCCCACCCCCCCGGACACCCACGAUAGAUGAAAAUCUGCGAAUUAGCAACCUUAUAUCAUCUAACCGCCUUUUCGGUUUUUCUGUUCAGUGUAAUGUUUUUGUUUACACCGAGUGGGCAAGCUAAGUUCAUGUAAUGUAGAUUAACGUAAGAUUGAAAGAUUUAAUAGAAAAAAAAGAUGUGCCAAUAAUUUUUGAUGAGGUACCAUUUAAAGUUAACUCAUUUCAUUUUUGUCAUUUCUUCUUAGUCUCAAGAUCAAAAGUCACAAGAACGCACAGAGAGAGAGGAUAGCAAGAAACUAGAAAUAGAGGUUAGUUGUUUAACAAACAGAAAGUCCGUUACUGGGAUAAGUAAAAUCAUGUUGAUAUGCCUGUUUAUAUGUGUUAAAGAUACAUUUCCUGACAGAUACCUGUUGUGGGUUUUUUAAAAGUUACAUUUAAUUUAAAUGUUAUGAAAAUUAUUAUUUUCAUUGGUCAAAUACAGCUCGCUGCUGAAAUAUUAGCUUACUUUUCUUAAUUGCCAGGUUUUUGUUACCUAGCUGACUUCUGUAACUUAUCCUUAAUUUCAGGAGAAGAAGGAAAGUGUUGAUGAAGGGGUCUCGGUCAACCAUGAAGAGAAUGGCAUUGAUGGAAUAGAAGGACCUCAACAAGGUAAUAUCUCUUUGGGGGAUAUACUAAAGUUACUUUCUAUUAAAGAGUGGAACUUAAUUUUUUCUUUAAAGAGAUGAAUUUUACUUUUUAACAUGUUGCAAUUUUAAAAUUAGAAUUGCACUUGAUUUUUUAAAAUCUAAUUUGCAAGUAAAUAUUUUAAGCUUGAAAUUCCGUGUCACUAAAUGAAAUUUUACGUUUAAGAAUAUAAGUCACCAAUUUCAAAAUGUCGGAAGUUCAUUACAGAGACUUAUUUUCUGGAGAAAAAAAAUUCUACUGGGGUCAAUGAUAGCUUAAAAUUUGAAAAUAUGUGUAUGUAACGACUAUACUCUGAUAUUAGUUAGUUUGGCUCAUUUGUAUUUUUAUCAAACUCAUUUUAGAGGAAAUGGCUCAUGCAGAAUCAGCAGCCAACAGUGAGGCUUCAGCAGCCACCAAUGAGGCUUUGCCUUCUAGAAGUGAAGGACCGGUAGACUCUGAGUCCAUGACAACAGAAUCACAAACAGCAGAAACUAUUGUGUCCAGCAUUCUGAGUGAAAUUGUUCAAAAUGUAGCUAAAGGUGAAGCAUUUAUUUUGAUCUUUCAAUUUGUAUAGCUUGAGCUGAAAUGGUCUUGGCAUCUUUGUUUGGCUUUCAAUACAUUAUUUUGUUACUUUUUUUUUUGCUUUUGUAGACAAGGUUAGUGUGAAACUAGCUUUGUGAGAUGAAGUCUUCAUGACUGGAAAUAGAUACCAUUAAAGAAAUGAAGUUUUAAAUGAAUAUAAAUGUUCUCCAGUAUCAGGAAUGUGCAUGUAUAUCUAUUUCAAACUGAUCACUCUCUUGACCAAUGGAAUGCAGAUAUUCACUUCUUAUUUCAAAAUACCACAUCUGCAUGCCAGUUUAGCAAUGAAAAAUAAAGUCUUACAAUGUUUAUGGGUUUAAUUAAGAUUUUUUCAUCAGCCAUUCAAUCAUUAGGAGUAAGGCAAAUAAUGUUCACUGUUAAGAUCUUAUGUAUCAGAUCAAUCACUGUUAAGAUCUUAUGGAUCAGAUCAAUCACUGUUAAGAUCUUAUGGAUCAGAUCAAUUCAGAACUGUUUGACGCAGCCUUUUUCUUUUUUAAAUAGUUUGUUUCCUACAUAUGAAUAUCUGCAUGUUUAGAACAGUGGUUCUCACCGACCCACCCCCCACCAACUUACCCCAUUGUAACUAAGCAUUAUUCAUUUUGGUAUCCAUACCACCCACAAGGAAUUAAUAAAAUAUAAAUAGUAACAUUUAUAUUUAAAAACUAAUUAUAAUUAAGUUAAAAUCAAACAUUUUUCCUGUAUUUAAUUAAUAGUAAAUGGAUAAACUUGAGCUGGUAAUCUUAGUAAAACAGAGUAGAUUGCCCUUUAAAAAAAAGCCUCCAAUUUCUUAAAUGGUUUAUUCUGGUUUAUAAGCUCACUGUUAAUUGUAUAGUCUCCCUGAGCUCACACUGGACACUUGAAUACUGAAUUCAGAAUGCUGUUAACACUAGCUGGUUUAAGAAAUUGAAGAAUAUUUUCUCUAAUGGGGAUUGAACCUAGAAAAGACAUAAACAUAGCAGAUAUAUUUGUUUGGAACAAAUGAUAUGUUUCCUAUACUCACCUGAUCAAUUUUACCACAUUCCUGUACUUGCCUGAUCAAUUUUACCUUUUGGUGUGAGUUUUCAGGUCUAAUUUAAAAUACUUUAAUUUGAUGACACAGAAAUCCACUUACAACCCUUGGUAACAUGCAAACUCAAUGAAUGAGGUAAAAGGGAAUGAAUUAACUGGUUCUAACAUGAAUCAAAUUAAAAGUUUUCCUUAUUGGUCCUAUCCGAUAAUUGUCACCAGCUACUUGCACGUUUGCUUGAAAGUCUGGUUAAAGGUCUCAUCCAGAGAGUCUGAUAAAAGUCUGAAAAAUCCUUCUGAGAUGUCACCAUGACUAGUGUACUGCUUGAAAGUCUGGUUAAAGGUCUCAUCCAGAGAGUCUGAUAAAAGUCUGAAAAAUCCUUCUGAGAUGUCACCAUGACUAGUGUACUGCUUGAAAGUUUGGUUACAGGUCUCAUCUAGAGCGUCUGAUAAAAGUCUGAAAAAUCCAUCUGAGGUGUCACCAUGACUAGUUUAUUUUUUGAAAGUUUGGUUGUGUCUGACCAAAAUGAUCUCUUGCUGAGAUCAAAGCAUGAAUUUUAUUUAAUGCAGACAAUCAAAAUUGAUUUCUAAAAAUGUAUUCCUGAAAUUCACCAGUCCCCCCUAUGUUAAUCAAGUAUCCCAAAGACCCACCAAGCAAGAAAGCGCCCACUUUUAGAACCACUGUGAUAGGUCAUGGGUGAUUCUAUUCAAUUAUAUGGAAUGGCUUUUUUUUUUUUUUUUAACCUUUUCCUCUUUUGUUUUCUUUGUUUCCAAUCACUGUUUUCAAUCAGAUCUUGAUGGUGACACACCUGAAGCCACUAAUGAUGGGGCACCAACUGUUAGUCCUAAUGGUGUGCCUGUCAGUGAGGUGGCUGAAUUAAAAAAAAACAGUGAGUUGACUCCAUCAAAUAACACAGCUGAAGAAGAGAGGCCCCAGGAAGUCCAGCCUUCACCUGUGUUGACCAGCUCUGCAGAAGGUGACACUUUAAUGCUGCCAUGGUGCAGCUUCUUUAUGGAUUACUAUUGAAUGAUUCUUAGCAUGUUUGAAAUUUUUAAAACCCAUUUUUGCCUCUAACAUGUUUGUCCACCAUUUUGCCAACCUGCAGUUAAAUAAAUGUGAAUAAAACUUUAACAAAAGGAAAAAUGUUCAAAUUUAAAACAAACAAAAACUCAUUGGAUCAAAAGAAGAAAAAAAAUAAUAAAGCAUCUGAUAUUUUAAUUAAACAUUUUUUUUUUUUAAUCUUAUGUAUACAAUUAAUUUACUUGUUUACUUAUUAUAUAUUAAUUCUCAAAACACAACUUGGAUUUUAAAAAAGUUUAACUUUUUAUAGUUGCCAGUUCUCUAAGCUAGAAACUUUGUUAUCUUUCGAAUAAAAUGCGAUCCUAUGAAAUGUUCACACUUUAAGAUGUAGUCUUAAAUGUGUACAUAUUCUUUAUCUUCUGCAUAUAAGAAUAUCUUUAUGGAAUUCACUUCAUGCUGGCCAUCACUGGCAAUGGAAUUAUUUUGAAAUCAUACAUAAAAUUCUUAAAACUAGUUAUUUUUUUCCAAGUAAAUUAAGAGAAGCAGUUUUUUAAAGUAAUUUGUUUUUGUCCAGGAACAGUUGCAUCCCCUGACGAUAGUGCUGAGGGUGGAGAACAGUUCCAUGGAGCAUUUAGUCACAUUCUACAGAAAGAUGCAUUUCUCGUGUUUAGAAGUCUAUGCAAACUUUCCAUGAAACCACUGGGAGAUGGCCCGCCUGAUCCAAAGUAAGAUAGGUUGGCACAUGUGUUUUCGAAACGUUAAAUACCAGUUCCAGUGCGACAUUUAACAGCAGCUUCUGUGGUUUACUCACACCAAAGUUUGCAUUGAGAUGUCAUAUGCAUUGACUUCAUUGGAAUAGACUCAGUGUUCCAUUGCAUGUACAUUAAUUUCUAUUCUCAUUUUCCUCCUUCCCUUUUCCCAUGUAUCUAUUAACAAAGGAUGAGAAAGAUUUCCCCCCCCAUAUGUUCAUUCCUAUAUUUAAAAAAACUCAAUAAUUUACCAAAAUGUGUUAGCAGCUGGUUCGCCCUACCCAACCAUUGCUAACUGUAUAUUGUUAAAUGUAAACAUAUCUUUAGAAUCAAUGCAAUUCAGUCCAGGAUUGUAUUUUAAAAAGAAUAUUAUAAUCAAGGCAAUCCUAAACCUUUCCAUCUAGUCAUCGGUGGACUGAUAUCAUUCAACCCAUUUCAUAUUUGAUCCAAUAGACUUCUAGCAACAAUUUGUUUUCUAACUUUUCAGAUCUCAUGAACUGCGUUCAAAAGUGUUGUCACUGCAGCUCCUCCUCUCCAUCCUGCAAAGUGCUGGCCCGGUGUUUCGCACCAACUCCAUGUUUAUCAACGCCAUUAAGCAGUAUUUAUGUGUGGCCUUGUCGAAGAAUGGCGUCAGCUCUGUCCCAGAAGUCUUUGAACUUUCCCUUGCUAUAUUUAUUACUUUACUUGCAAAUUUCAAGCAACAUCUCAAAAUGCAAAUUGAGGUUAGCCCUUAAAUAUUUCAUAAAGGCCAUGUUGUUGUUUUUUAAAUCUGUCAACAAUUUAUGAUUAGUAAAGGUCAACUUUGAUCAAAUCCAAUGUGCUUACUGGGCAACAUUAUUUCUACCUCUCUGUUUUUAUGGUAUGAACUGCUUUAGAUCUUAGUAAUAUCUGUUGUUAGUUCCAACGGUGCUAUAUAUAUUGACCCAGUCUGCUUGUCUGUUUCUAUACCCUCUAUUCCUUGCUGUCAAUGUUAUUCUCUGUAUUCCAGGUGUUUUUUAAAGAGAUUUUUCUCUACAUUUUGGAGACUCCCAGUAGUUCAUUCGAGCACAAGUGGAUGGUCAUCCAGGCUCUGACCAGAAUUUGUGCAGGUCAGUGGUCUGUGUCAACAUGCCCUUAUAUUAGAAUGAUUGAUGUUAAACCAUAGAUUACUGUUUAUAUCAACAUAAUGCUAUAUUUUGAACUGUCAUUGAGUAGCAUAUUAAGAUUAUUGUUUAUUUCAGCACUUUGUAUGCUUACAUUUGAACCAUCGUUCAAGAUUUUUAAAAAACUUUCUCAUUGGUACUCUUCUAACAAAGUAUGCAUGACUCAGUCGUUGACCAUUUUGCGUGAUCUUCCUUCCCUAGAUGCCCAGAGUGUUGUGGAUAUUUACCUCAACUAUGACUGUGAUCUGGCCUUAGCCAACAUUUUUGAACGCCUUAUCAAUGACCUAUCCAAGAUAGCUCAGGGGAGGCACGCACUGGAACUAGGUUUGCUUAUCAUUUUUACUUAUUUCUAUUUCAUGUUUGGUCAAAAAUAUUUGUUAUCGGCUGACUGCAUUACCUCACACCAUUUCCUAAUUUUGCUGUUUGAAAAAAAUUCCUGGGAAAAAAAUGUUGAAUUGCAAAACCAACUUCAAACAAAAAGUUGAUGACAUGUGCUUCACUCAAUUUCAUUCUGCCUCAUUGUCCUGUUUAAUUCAAGCUUCCACAUACCUUAUUCAACUUUAUCCUUAACACUGCUUGUAAGCAGUCCUUCAUUUUGUACAUUUUUUUUUAUGCUGCUGUUUUUUUUUUUUUAAUUCUUAAUUUUACGUUAAAAAAUUUUUAAUAAAAUAAUUUUUACUUAACACUGCUUGUAAGCAGUCCUUCAUUUUGUACAUUUUUUUUUAUGCUGCUGUUUUUUUUUUUUUAAAUCUUAAAUUUACGUUAAAAAAUUUUUAAUAAAAUAAUUUUUCAUUUGAAAAAUUUAAAUAAGCAACACAGUUAUUGUUUAAAGGUAUGUCUGUUACCCACUUAAUACAAACUGAAUCAACUGUGUGGCUUGUGUUGAUCAAUUCUAUUUCUAUAUUGGGCAAUGUCUCGGCUAAUCCUUAAACUUGCCACAGUAUUUCAUCAAAGAGAUGAAUUAAUUCUUUGAGUGGUUGUCUUUCAGGUGCUACACUGAACCAGGAGAAAAGCAUGAGAAUCAAAGGCCUUCAUUGCUUGGUGUCCAUUUUAAAAUGUAUGGUAGAGUGGAGCAAAGACCUGUACAUCAAUCCUCACUCGCAGUCCAACUUAGGUACAGUAGCAGUCUAACUUGGGUAAAGUAACAGUCCAACAUGGGUACAGUAACAGUCCAACUUGGGUAUGGUAACAGUCCUACAUGGGUAUGAUAAUGGUCCAACUCGGGCACAAUGACAUUCCAACAUGGGUACAGUAACAUUCCAACUUGGAUACAGUAACAGUCCAACAUAAGUAGAUUACCAGUCCAGCUUAGGUACAGUAUAAGUCUGACUUAGGUAAAGUAGCAGUCCAACUUCUUAGAUAGAGUAGCAGUCGAGCUCUCAAAUUGUCCUGUUCUUGUAAUUAUCAUGGGCUGAUCAGGACAAUGCUCCUAAUAAUUAAAUGUCACCAAUAACGCUGACUUUUAGUCUUGUAAUUGUCUGUAAUCAUGGGUAAAUUGGGACAGUGAUCCUCAGAUUAAUUAAAUGUCAGCAACACUGAGUCUCGCUCUGGAAACAUAGAUCAGGGGGUCUGUCCAUUACAUCCUGCUAUGCUCUGCCAACUCUUUUUGUAUGGCCUGAAAGCUAAGAAUAGAUUUGCUGAUCAAAUUCUUUCAAACUAUUCACCUUGUAAGAAUCAUCUAUCUGUGUAGUUCCCAUACAUGUAUAGCAUUGCAUUUGCAAGCUGCUUAAUGACCUCAGCUCUACGGAGCAUUCCCACUUAAGUCCCUAACUGAAAUGUGGCGUCUCCAACCUACCAAUAGCUUCAAACAUUUAUGUUUAAUUGUGCAUUCAUCCGUCCAGUGUAAUGGUGGAAACAUAAACUUAUAAUGGUGGUAACAUAAACUUAUAAUGGUGGUAACAUAAACUUACACAACUGAUGGCCAAGUUAGACGUGCACAUUACUAAACAUGUACUCAUAAACCCUAACCCCCAAUAUGUUAUCAUGUGUAACCACUUUCAAUUUUACACAAAAAUGACAUAACAUGUAAUCUGUCAUAAAAAACUUUUGAACUAUUUUUUUUAUUUUGAACAAGAGAUUUGGAUCGAUACUGUUUAUGUUGUAGGCCAAGACAGCAAACCAUUCACAGAGACAGACAAUGGAAGAUAUUUUGAUCGAUACUGUUUAUGUUGUAGGCCAAGACAGCAAACCAUUCACAGAGACAGACAAUGGAAGAUAUUUUGAUCGAUACUGUUUAUGUUGUAGGCCAAGACAGCAAACCAUUCACAGAGACAGACAAUGGAAGAUAUUUUGAUCGAUACUGUUUAUGUUGUAGGCCAAGACAGCAAACCAUUCACAGAGACAGACAAUGGAAGAUAUUUUGAUCGAUACUGUUUAUGUUGUAGGCCAAGACAGCAAACCAUUCACAGAGACAGACAAUGGAAGAUAUUUUGAUCGAUACUGUUUAUGUUGUAGGCCAAGACAGCAAACCAUUCACAGAGACAGACAAUGGAAGAUAUUUUGAUCGAUACUGUUUAUGUUGUAGGCCAAGACAGCAAACCAUUCACAGAGACAGACAAUGGAAGAUAUUUUGAUCGAUACUGUUUAUGUUGUAGGCCAAGACAGCAAACCAUUCACAGAGACAGACAAUGGAAGAUAUUUUGAUCGAUACUGUUUAUGUUGUAGGCCAAGACAGCAAACCGUUCACAGAGACAGACAAUGGAAGAUAUUUUGAUCGAUACUGUUUAUGUUAUAGGCCAAGACAGCAAACCGUUCACAGAGACAGACAAUGGAAGAUAUUUGGAUCGAUACUGUUUAUGUUGUAGGCCAAGACAGCAAACCAUUCACAGAGACAGACAAUGGAAGAUAUUUUGAUCGAUACUGUUUAUGUUGUAGGCCAAGACAGCAAACCGUUCACAGAGACAGACAAUGAUUCAGGUAGUGGGACCAUGACCAGCUAUGGCAGCACUAACUCUCUGAGCUCCACCUCCAGUGCACCCACUACAACAACUCUUGGGGGGAGCUCAGCUCCUGGCAAUGUUUCUGCUGACAAUCCAGAGCAGUUUGAGGUCCUAAAGCAGCAGAAAGAAGUCAUGGAGAUCGGUAUUGAGUUGUAAGUUCUUAUAAAUGUAAUUGUUCACUGAGCUAAAAGGGUUUGUUUUGUUAGAUAUUACUAUAUCUAGAUAGUAGAUUAAAACUAAUCAAGAACAGCUUUUGAGGAUUUAUUUUAAAACCUUUCAUUGGGUACAGUAGCAUUUGCAAACUUUAAAACAUCUGCAUUUUCAUAUAUUUUAUUUUUUUGAGUAACCAAGCACAAAUGUAUUUAAGCUGCAGCAAGUAGAUUUGGCUCUCAAUAUAAAAUCUUUUAAUAUCAGUAAAUUGAAUGAAUAGGUGAUGAGUAAGUAGAAAAACAACAUGUAAAGUACACAGUUGUUGUGGUGGAUUAGACAGUGUUACUUUGUUACUUUUACCGACUGUUGUCAGUAUGGAGAAAUUAAUUUCUUAUUUAAGUAUAUGGCUCAUUCUAAGACAGUACACAACAAAAGACGAUACCAUAAAUUAAAUACAAUAACGAAGAAAACAAUACUCAAACAAUGGCUAAUUACAAUUAAUAAAUUUUAUUAUGUUAAUAAUAAAUUACAAAAUCAAAAAGAAAUAAAUUAAAGCUAUUGACUUCAAGUAUGUUGAUUGGCUUGUGUUACGAUCUUUGUUAUUCUUCAAAUGUUACAACCUUGGUUAAGCUUCAACUAUCUCCAAAUGUUACGACCUUCUUAUACUCCAAAUGUUACGGCUCUCCCUCCGUUGUCUACGGUUGUAUGACAUAGAAUGCAAAGGUCUCAUGUAACAUAUAUAUACAGAAUGUUUAUUAGGUUCUUUAUAAAACAAGAUCCACUUCACUCUAUCUCUGGCUACUAUCAAUUCUCUUGCUCUCACUGACUCCGACUUUCUCUGCCUAACUCUUACUAACUCUGACUGACCUCUAGCUAACACACAUCCCUUUUAUAAAACCACACAACAACUCAGCCUACGCAAACGUGCCACACCACGGACUAACUUCACGCUUUCACGCUCUGACCUCUCGACCAACAACUCACAAAACACUCCCACGAUUAACGACUCCCCCUACCCAACACUCACAACAACUCUCGCUCACAACAGCUUGUACGGGUACAAUGUUGAAGGAGAUACAAUGUUGUAAAAAGGUACAAUGAUGAAAAAGAGGAUCUACACACACACACACAGGAAAUGUUAGUAAAAAAAUCUCUGUCUCGUAUAGCAAAUCUCUAUAGUGAUAGCAAAAUAUCUCCCCCUUCCUUCCUGUCGCUCAUUAAUUAUUUUUAUAUAUAUAUAUAUAUAUGUAUAUAGCCUGUUUCAAAGACAUUUCUCGAACGGGCUUACACAUUGUUUUCCUUUCCUGAUUUGUCCAGAUUUAUCUAUAGAAUUCUAAUAAUACAGACUAUAGAUUUUAUUUAGUUGUAAACAAAGUCAAGAGAGACUAUUUUUAAUGAGCCAUAGCACACCCUAAAUGCCAAUUCCGAGCUUGGGGUCAGCUAGAGUUUAUUGACAGGGAAAGAUGAUGUAAACAAAGUCAAGAGAGACUAUUUUUAAUUAGCCAUAGCACACCCUAAAUGCCAAUUCCGAGCUUGGGGUCAGCUAGAGUUUAUUGACAGGGAAAGAUGAUGUAAACACGUCGUCUACAUAACACAGUUACGGUUAGGUUAAAGUUUGAUACCUGUAUUUACUUGAACAGAUUUAACAAGAAACCUCUGAAAGGUAUUCAUUACCUCCAGGAACAAGAGAUGCUGGGCAAGUCACCAGAAGAUAUUGCUGAAUUGUUCCAUAAUGAGGAGAGAUUGGACAAGGUACAAGUCAAAUACCACAGAGUCAAUAUCAGAAUUAGAAUUGAUAAGUCACCCAACUUGAGAACCUAUUGUAUCCAUUGUAAUAUGUAUAGAUUAAUGUAUGUUUAUAGAUGUAAGAUCAAACAAGUCGAUAAUGUUUGGCUUUGUUCUUUUCAGACGGCCGUGGGUGAUUUUCUCGGGGAAAAUGAAAAGUAAGCUUCUAUAUUAAAUAUUUGAUUUUUGACAUACCAUUUUUUUUUUAUACCUGAUUAAAAAAUUUGUUAGAUGUUUUCUUUGGCUUUUCCCUUUUUUAUUUUUUGUUGUCAUUUUUUUUGUUCCUUUAUUAAAUUUGUACCCCACAAGCAGAAAACAUUAAAAAAUAAAUAAUUUCUUUUGUUUAGAUUGCACAAGGAAGUGAUGUACGCAUACAUUGACCAAAUGGACUUUGUAGACUUAGAUAUUGUAUCUGCAUUAAGAAAAUUUCUGGAAGGCUUUAGACUGCCUGGUGAAUCACAGAAAAUCGACAGGCUCAUGGAAAAAUUUGCCUCCAGAUAUUACGAAUGUAACCAAGGGUAGGUACAAGUUAUUUUCAUCAUUUUAGACCAUUCUUUUGCAACCUUUUAUUAAUUUUGUCCCAAAGUAGGAUUUCUACUUCAUCCAGCCUGCCAAUAACCAAUAAACCUACCUUCUAAGUAGAAGAUGCAUUUAUUUAGUCAUUUAGUAUAAUUUUUGGUCUGGUUGUCAUUGAAUGUUUCCCUGUAUGCUAUAAGACUGCAGACCCCUGCUCUAAUAUAUGUAUGUUGUAAGAUUGUAGACCCCUACUCUAUUUUUUUUUUUUUUAAUAUUUGUAUGGUUCUUCUCAAAAUUUUAGUAAUUAGAUUAAGUUAACAUAUGAAAACAAGAAAAUACAGUGGGUAAAAAAAUGCAGUACUUACCUUUAACGAUUAUGCGUCUGUGUAAAGGGUGCAUAACUACAGCCGCCCUACGUUCCCAUUGACAGUUUUUUUUUUGGAAAUGGGUCUCUCAAUGCAGGAAUAAGUAUUCAUAGUUGAGAAUUUUUUUCACUCGUGCAUAAGUGAUCGUAAAGGGGUACCAUGUUUGAAACAAAAGUGGCAGAGCUAUUUGAAGAGAAAUAUAAAAAGACAUUACCUACUGUAUGUACUUUAAAGUCAAGAAACUUAAGCCAUAAAACUUUGUUUGAAAACGCAGAGUCCACUAACCCAUGGGUCAGUGCUUGUUUCGUUGGAAUUUGGUGCAUUGAAUGCGGGGCACGUCCAUUUACUGGUAGUGCAAGUUGCUUCACCAGUAGUUGUAUGUUGACCCGGGUACAAACAAACACAGAGAAAAUCAGCUGUUGAUGCUUGAUUGAUGACACCAAGCCACAUGUGUCAUCGCUGACUUUUAAAAUAAACUUUAAAUACUUUUUAUUUGCAGAUUAGAGAUUUUUGCCAGUGCCGACACUGCAUACGUGCUUGCAUUUUCUGUUAUAAUGUUGACUACUGACCUCCAUAAUCCUCAGGUAUUUAUUAGCGGACAAUUAAAGAUUAAGUUAACUUGCUAUUCAAUCUAAUAAGAUACAGAUAAUUAGUUUAUGUAAUUAAGUUUUGCCAUUUCACAAUAAAUAUUAUAAUUUUUCACGUUAAUUAUUAUAUUUUUCAUUUUACAAAUAUAUUUUCACCCAACAAAUAGACUACUAUAAUUACUGGCUAUAUAGAGAUAAUGAUCAAUAAACGCUAAUAAUAUAAUUCAUGUUUUAUUAUUUAUUUUGUUUGCAUUUGGUUUGAAAAAUAAGGAAAUAAAAAGUUGAGCAUAUAAAAUUUGUAAAAGAUAUUUAUUUUUUAUUAAGAUAAGAUUCUGUUAUUGAUUUUUUUAAAAAAUGAAAAUGUGUUUUGAUUACUUUGUACAUAUUCAUUUUUAACAUAUGGAUAAUCACUGUGAUAAGAUAACAAUUUUAAACCAUAACAAAAUAACAAGAAUAGCUUAAUAUACAUUAUUUAAAAAAAUACAAUCUGGCUUAUUUUCAUUUAGGUAAAACCCAGCUCUAAGAUGACUAAAGAACAAUAUAUCCGCAUGAACCGGGGUAUCAAUGACAGCAAGGACCUACCUCCUGACUAUCUCUCCGCCAUCUAUGACCAGAUAGCAGGGAAGGAGAUAAAAAUGAAAGCACACAGUGGCGGGAUCAAACCCAAUACAUCAGCCAGUAAGAUUUGAAUUCAUUAUAUUGCUAUUAAGUUUUAGAACAUCUAAUUUAUUCUUUAGUUCAUUUUUUAUUUUGAAGACUGAAAUCUAAUGCUCAUUUAAACUAUUUUAUGACUAUUCUUUUUUUUCAUUCUACAGCCUGUAAGUUUUGCUGUUGUGAAAUUAUUCAAUAUAAAAAAAUUAUUAUUUAGAAUAUAUUUUUCUGUUUUUUAUUUUAUCAAGCUGAAGAAUUUUUGUCUUCUCUUUGCUCAACAAUGUAAGGAAUGGUUUAAAUAUUCAACUUUUAACAAAUGCUUUUGAUAAAUUGCACCAAAUUUAAAAAUCAAAAUUAAACUGCAACAAAAAUAGCAUUUCAUAAAUGUAUUCUCAUUAACAGAAAAUAAAUGAUGUUAUAUGAGCGACUGCAUUCUAAACAGAUGCAGAGAGAACUACAUUUUGAUCACAAUCUUUGUGGACACAUGAACAUUUAAUUUCUAUUUGUUGUUUUUUGUUUUGUCCUGUCUGCUGAAAAAGGCAAUCAGCCGAAACAGCCUUGUAAUCGUCCUGUCUUUUUUCAAAGAUAUCUUUUUCCACUGUUUAUUUUCAAAAAAUGAUAAAUAUGUACUGUAUACUUAUACCAGUCUGGGUGAAUAAUUUGACUUUCUUUUCUAGAAGAUAUCACAUCUGACAAACAAAGACGUCUGCUGUACAAUUUGGAGAUGGAACACAUGGCCCAGACAGCCAAGGCUCUGAUGGAAAGUGUCAGCCAUUGUCAGGUCAGCUUCACCAGCGCCACUCAUCUGGAACAUGUCAGGCCAAUGUUUAAGGUAAAUGCUAUUUAACUCCUGCCGCAUAAAUCUUUGGCUUAUUCUAAAUAAUUGAAAUUGACAAAUAUUAUUAAGUAGCUCUAUUACAAAAUAAAAUUCGAAUGCACUUAUUUUAACUCUUCAAUGGUUACAUUUCUCUUUUUGCUAUACUUUGCAUAAUUUUCUCUAGAUAUUUUUAUAAACAAAAAGCUCUUCAAACUAUUUAAAAUGUUAGUUUACUCUUAUCAUGUAUUGAAAUAUCAUUUUUUAAAUUUAUGUUUGAAUAUUGUUCACACAUAACGAAAUAAUUAUAAUUUUAUCUUGUUAAUAAAUAGAAUAUCUGUAACAUAUUACUUUUAUAUGACAGCUUGCCUGGACGCCUUUCUUGGCAGCCUUCAGUGUUGGUUUACAAGACUGUGAUGACAAUGAGAUAGCUCUGCUAUGUUUAGAUGGGAUACGUUGUGCUAUUCGGAUUGCUUGCAUCUUUCAUAUGGAGGUGACAUCAGAGUUUCCUAAAUAAUAUUUAACCAAUCACAUUUUCACCAUUUCUUUGACUUAAAACCACAAAUAAGUUUUAUAAUUAGGUCAAUAAAUAGUGGAACACGAUAUUUUUAACAAUUUGAUAAAUUACAUGAGAUGCAAUCAUCUAAUUUUGUAGGCACUUGAAUGCAAUUUAGUGAUUUAAGUAUGUGCUUGGCAUUGUUCAACGUCUUAAAACUAUGUGAGACAUUUUUAAAUCAAAUUUCCAACAAAAUAUUUCAGCUUGAAAGAGAUGCCUAUGUGCAAGCCUUGGCCAGAUUCACUCUGCUGACCUGUGCCACACCCAUCACAGAAAUGAAGACCAAGAACAUUGACACAAUAAAGACUUUGAUAUCAGUUGCCCAUACAGAUGGCAACUAUCUGGGCAAGUCUUGGCUUGAGGUCAGUAUCAGAAGAGACACGGCACCGCUUCGUGGGCUCAACUAUUAUUGCUGUACCGUCCUCCUUUUGUUUCCUAGACAAACUACUACGGCGCCUUAAAAAACAAAGAAGAUAAAUAUUUUAACUUUAUUAGUGAGUCUGCAAGAAAUUUCUAAAACUUUUUUUUUUAAAUGGCUUAACCACAUUUUUAAAAUUUGAACAGUCAGAAAAGUCUUAACUAAAUUUUGUUUCUUUUACUAGAUUCUGCGCUGUAUUUCCCAACUUGAACUAGCUCAGUUAAUAGGCACAGGUGUGAAGACAAAAUACAUUGCCAGUGGUCCCCACUCUAGUAAUCCAGUGGAGGCACAUGAUCCUGAAGGUAACCUUUGAUUUCUUGCUUAGAAUGGGUUUUUUUUAACUCUGCAAGUCUUGAAAAUAAAUAAUGACAUCUUUGAAAAAUAUUCAAUUGUGAAAAUGAGUUUGAUUUGAAGCAAGAAAUAUUGUUAACAUUACCAUUCUUUGUUCAUUUUCAGCCAUUGUUAAAGGAAAUAUGGGUCACAUGGACAGGCAAAGACUUGCCAACUUCCAGGAAACAGUAGGAGAGACAAGCUCUCAGAGUGUUGUUGUGGCAGUGGACAGAAUAUUUACUGGCUCCGUGAAACUUGAUGGAGAUGCUAUUGGUGGGUCACACACAUUGUAAGCCUUUAAAAUGAGACUCAUGCUGCAAGAAGAACCUUUUACACUGCUCUGAUGAUGACAUCAAUAAUUUAAUCUUGAUGAGAGAAAACUUUACACAAACACAUUUCUCUGGUUAAUAAAUUUAUAAAGAUUUAUUUUCUUUUGAUCUGACAAAAAAUCAUUAAUGCUAUUAACUGGCCAGAUGUUAGAAAUGUUUAACUGUAACUUGUAUGACACUUGUUCUUCUGACAGUGGAGUUUACCCGAGCGUUAUGUCAAGUCUCGAUGGAUGAGCUUGCUAGUACAGCCCACCCACGUAUGUUCAGUUUGCAAAAAAUUGUGGAAAUCUCGUACUACAACAUGGGCCGUAUCCGUCUGCAAUGGUCACGUAUUUGGCACUAUCUCAGUGACCAUUUCAACAAGGUAAGGGACUUAUCAAACUUUGGGACCGCCUCAAUGACCGUUUUAAUAAGGUAAGGAUCUAAUCAAGCUUUGUAACUAUCCCUGUGACCUUCUUCACAAAGUGAAGCGUCCCAUUCACAUGAACCCUUGUCAAGUUUUGGAUAAGUUAAUUUUAAUUUUCUGAUAAAAUGUGACUAUGGGAGACAUUUCUCACAGGGGCUCAAUGUUCUAUUCUUGUGUUCAGGUCGGCUGUAAUCCAAGUGAAGAGAUUGCUUUCUUUGCUGUGGAUUCCUUGCGUCAGCUGUCCAUGAAAUUCAUUGAGAAAGGAGAGUUUGCCAACUUCAGAUUUCAGAAAGAUUUCUUGCGUCCAUUUGAGCAUAUCAUGAAAAGAAAUAAGUAUGUGAUAGAAACAUGUAUAAGUGUUAAAAUUACAGUUGGAUAGAGUUACUGCUUUAUAGUUGUGUUCUAAAUCUAAUUCUAGCUCAGUUUUAGUAAGUGAAUUUGCAAGAGUAAACUUUUUUUUUAAUAGGGUCUAUUACAAUUUUCAGUGCACAACUUUUGAUUGGUAUCAACAUAUCUUAUUUAUUUUUGUCUAUUUGUUAUAUAUUUUGGCCUCUUUUUUCCCCCUCCAGAUCACCAGCUAUCCGUGACAUGGUUGUGAGGUGUGUUGCACAAAUGGUGAAUUCGCAGGCUGCAAACAUCAAGUCUGGGUGGAAAAACAUUUUCAGUGUUUUCCACCUUGCUGCAUCUGAUCAUGAUGAGGGCAUUGUAGAUCUGUCAUUUCAGACCACAGGAAAAAUUAUUUGUGAGUUAAAAAUAACUGUUAACACCAGUCAAUGGUUAACCCUUCUGGUAAGGACCUACUUUGUUUGCUAUGUAUAGCCUCAGUACUGGCCACUGCUACUUAUUCCCUGUGGCCCAGACAUUAUUUUGCUACUUAUUCCCUGUGGCCCAGACAUUAUUUUGCUACUUAUUCCCUGUGGCCCAGACAUUAUUUUGCUACUUAUUCCCUGUGGCCCAGACAUUAUUUUGCUACUUAUUCCCUGUGGCCCAGACAUUAUUUUGCUACUUAUUCCCUGUGGCCCAGACAUUAUUUUGCUACUUAUUCCCUGUGGCCCAGACAUUAUUUUGCUACUUAUUCCCUGUGGCCCAGAUAUUAUUUUGGAAUGAGCCAAAAUUUGAUAGAUUUGAAAAUUAUUUUGUAAUAUUUUGUUUUAAAGAAUUGAUAAUAACAUGUAGAGAAUUAUUUGUUCAGUAAUGGAUAAGGGUGUCAAAAAUGCUUAUGUGUUUUGUUCACACUUGUCAUUGGCAAUGGCACACUAUGGGAUUAUACAGAGUUUUAGGAGGUAUGGGGGCCUCUUUGUUCCACCCUUCCAGACAAUCUUCAUCUAAAUCAAUAUCUACGUUUGCACUAGGUCGUAAACCUGUCAAACCUACAGGCUCUUGUAGGCGUAAAUUUUGAGCUAUAGUAGGCCUACUUCCUUCAGCAAUGUCAUCCCCCUCUUCCUCAUCAGCAUCAGAAUCAUCUAAUCCCAAUAAAAGUUCAAUAAUAGUUUCAGAACAAAAGGUUUCAUCAAGUGGGCGUAAGUCGUAAUCAGCAAUUGCACUUGGUGGCGCCAUGGAAACAACAAAUACAGAUCCGCACAAAAACCUCAAUAAAUGGUCGAUUUUCAUACUUUAAAAGACAAAAUAAAAUUUGACUACUCCCCUAACGAAUAAACAUUCUGCCCGAGACUGUGGUGGAAGGUUAUAUCCUCAUUUUUGUGUUUAUUUUAGAUACCCAUCUAUGUGUCAAAAAGACACACUUGGGUCACAGGGGAAAAAAUUAGGUCACUGCAAAAAGACCUGCCUGGUGCUGUAAGGGUUAAACGAAUAAUGAGACGGGGACAUUUUCAAAGAAAGAGUUUUCAUUAAUAAUUCCUUUGUAGGUUGUUUAAGCAUGAAGCCGUAUACAUUUGUCAAAUUAAUAUUUUUUCUUGGAUCUAUUUUGUAUGAAUAAUUAUGAGAAUAAUUCGACAAUAUUUUUACUGCUGAAGGCCAAUGUGUCUCUGUUUCUUUUCUUCCUAUUCCAGUAAACGUAUUUGAGAAACAUUUUGCUGCAAUCAUCGAUUCCUUCCAAGAUGCAGUCAAGUGUCUCUCAGAGUUUGCCUGCAAUGCUGCAUUUCCUGACACCAGUAUGGAGGCCAUAAGGCUAAUCAGAAACUGUGCCAAGUAUGUGGCAGAAAAACCUAAUGUAAGUAUGCAUCUCAAGACCCCUAGGGGAAUAAGUAUGCAUCUCAAGACACCCCAGGGGGUUGUAAUUAUGCAUCUCAGAGGGGGGGGUGGCGGUUGUUAAGUAUGCCCCUCAAGCAAAUAUUCGUCUGGAGAAAGACAGGGCAGUUCUUAUUCCCACAAAAGGCAUAAAUCUUUUUCUGUGAAAAUGUAACUCUUCAUUUUCCUUUGCUGUCUGAUCAAAAAGACUUCCAUUCCAUGCGGGCUUUUCCUUGCACCACAUGUGUGUGUUUCCACAGAAAAUAUGAAAUUGGAUUUAAAUUACUGGACUUUUUAUGUUAAAUAGUAUGGAGAAGAAAUCAUACCAUCUUAUAUCAAAUUGUUCAAUUGUAUUAUUUUUACAAAAAUUCCAUUUUUUUUUUUUACUGUCAGAAAUAAUGAUUGCACAUGAUUUGAGAAUGGACUUUGAUUUUGCCUCGUCAGCCUCACAUUUCUAACCUUACAUUUCUAGUGCUGAUAGCUUUCUGACAUAUUUCAGAUGUUCAAAGAGCAUGCGGGAGAAGAGAUUUCUGUGCCUGAAGAAGACAGAGUUUGGGUGAAAGGAUGGUUCCCUGUCUUGUUUGAGUUGUCGUGUGUGAUCAACAGAUGUAAGCUUGAUGUGAGGACAAGGUAGGCUUACAUUUUACUCAAGGGACUCUAUCAUUUUCCAUCUGCACUUUUGUGAUUAUUUUAUUACAAAAACAUGCAACUAAGAGUAGCCUCCUCCCAGGAUAUGAUGUGUGAGAAGGCCAACGUCAAGCCAUGCAUACAGAUGUUGGUUAGGGUGCUGUCCCCAUUUUCAUUUUUGCUAUUAAAAAUAUUCGGAUCCGUUUUAUUUCUGAAAAAUUCUAAUUUAGAUAGUGACUUAGAAGCGCUAAAUUUUCACAGCAGGGGUAAAUAUACAAUUUUUCUAAGAUAAUCUAUUAAUAUCGUUAUUAAGGAUGGUAAUAUAUCAGAUUUUUUUUUUUUUUGGUAAACCUGUUAUCGGUUUUCUGAAACCGUUUUAAACCAUUUAUUCGUUUUUACAAUACAUUUCAAUUAUUCCCUACAUGUUUUAUAUUUUACAAAAUUAAAGUGUCAGUUAUAGUUUAACAGAUUACUAAUAAUUAGUGACUACCUAUAUUAUAAUUAAACCAUAUGUUUUUUAAAUUUUUUUAAAGUGUUUUAAAAUAUAUUAAAUAAUAAUAAAAAGUGCAUGAAUUCAACAAAAUAGGUCUUUUGGAAAUCGAUUACUGUUUGUGAAAAUCAACACUGGUUAUCGGUUUCAAAACCAAUGACCUGAAAUCCAAUUUUAGCUUAACAACCUUUGUUGUCCAUCGCCAGAGGCCUGACUGUGAUGUUUGAGAUUAUGAAGACUUAUGGAGAAAGCUUUCAAUCCCAUUGGUGGAAGGAUUUGUUCAAAAUAGUUUUCCGUAUCUUUGACGUCAUGAAGCUUCCUGAACAACAGAAUGAGGUUUGUAAACACUUGAGCACUAUCCUGGAUUUGUGGGCUGAUAUUUUUUUACAAACGUUAACAAGUCUUUAAAUAAACUUUGACAUGGGAGUUAUUUCAUUCAAAACAAUUUCGGGUGUAGUAUAUAUAUAAACGUUCUGCUUUUAAUAGGCAUACAUUUUUUUCAUAAAUUUUUUUUAAAAACAUUUGUUUAGUCUAAUACGUCAAAUAAAUAUUUUAAAAUUUAUUUACUAAUGACAUUUUUUAAAUAAUUUAUUUUUGUUUGAAUUGCACGGUGGGGACUAUUAGAAACUGAAUUAAUUAAAGUUAUAUGAAUUACUAAUUUUUCAGCAUUUAUUUAGGGGUAAUGAAAGUAAAAUAACAACAUAUCUUGCAAACUAAGAAAAAUACAACAAAUAAAAAUUUUAAUGUAAUAAAUAUAUUUUGAAGUAAAUUCACAAAACUUAUUUAUUUAAGCCUUGCAGAGAAGGAAUUUCUUCAGUGUUUUCUCAGUUCAAGAACAAAGUAGUUUAUUUAACACGUUUUAGUUUGGUCCAGAGCAAUGAUUUUCAACUCUUUCACCCUACGACACUAAACUAGUUUGAAAAAUCUGUGGUGUGCCGUUCAAGCCUCAAAAUUUGAUUUGGUGUGCAGCAAUGAUCAAAGAACAUAAGAUUAGAUUAGUUAAUGAAUGACCUUUCAAAAUUGAUGGCAAGAGAUUUUUGUUACAAUAAGAUUACAAUUUUGCAUUAUAAUUAUAUUGUAAGUAAAAUACCCCAAAUAAAACCUCAACACUUCAAUUUAUAUCAAAAUCACGUGUCACACUUGUGAACUUUUCUGUCACAAUUGACUUGUUGAAAACCACUGACCCAGUGUUAAAAUAGAAUCUGACAGAAGCAUCUGUUUACCCAUGCACCUAUGAUCAGUUCUUGUUCCGUUUGCAGAAAGCUGAAUGGAUGACAACUACAUGCAACCACGCCCUCUAUGCUAUUGUAGAUGUUUUCACACAGUAUUAUGAGCAGUUAUCACCGCUAUUGUUGACAGACCUUUAUCAAAUGUUGCAAUGGUGUGUGGCUCAGGAUAACGAACAGCUGGCCAGGUAAUGAUGCGCUUUUUAAAAUAAGGAUUUUUUUUUUUCAAAAAAAUAUUUAUCAAACUAUUCGCUGUCUUAUAUUUCAUUGUAUUUUUCAUUGUGAUGAAAAGGUUUGAUCUAUUUCCCUAUUUUAUCUUGAUAGGUCUGGCACCAACUGCCUAGAGAACCUUGUCAUUUCAAACGGAAGUAAAUUUUCAUCUGAUGCCUGGGACCAAACCUGCAGUUGUAUGCUUGACAUUUUCAAGUCCACCAUCCCACACAAGUAGAUAAAUGAAUGUUUUUCCAUGCUUUUCUAGUUUAAGUUUGUCUUACAAUUUUGUACGUAGUUCUACUUUCAUUGACUAGAAAGACAAACACUAGCUACUUAAAAUGCCAAUGAUUCAUGAUCAUACUGAUCGAGUAGCCAUUUGGGCAUGUAUCCUGUUGCCUGAGGUUCUGAUGUGGACAUUUGCAUAGGCGGAAAUAAUAGUAAUAGUAGGAUUAGACAGAUAUUUUGUUCUACAUGUCGUUAAUAUAUCCAUUUAUUUUUUUCUACAUGUAGUUAAUAAAUCCAUUUAUUUUGUACAAAUAAUUUUUUUAACAGAAAAAGUCUUAAAAACUAAAUGGUAGGAAAAAGAAGAAUUUUCUAUAUUGACAUUAUUUUCCCACUAUUUUCAGACUGUUGAGUUGGCAACCAGAAUGUCUCUCAGAUAUGACAUCACCUGUUCGAAAUGAUGCGCCUAUCAUCUUAGACAAUCAUGUGAGAACAAUUGGCUUCUCAUCAAACAUUUUUAGUGAACUGUUAGCGUGGUGCAAAGUCAUUGGUUUUCCAUAACUUAUUAAUUGCCUACCCACAUUAUGUUUAUUCUAUGAUAAUUUUCUUUUAUGUUUAUCCCAAUUCUGGUCACUAUUAUCUAUUGAUUUCAUCCCAACCACUUCAGUUUGGCACAUUAUUUGCAUUGCAAGGUUUUACUUAGACAUCAGAACAUAUAGAAUAGCUGUAACCACCAAGUUUAGUUAGACAUCAGAACCAUAUAGAAUAGUUUUAACCACUAAGUUUACUUAGACAUCAGAACAUAUAGAAUAGCUCCAACCACCAAGUUUACUUAGACAUCAGAACAUAAAGAAUAGCUGUAACCACCAAGUUUACUUAGACAUCAGAACCAUAUAGAAUAGUUGUAACCACCAAGUUUACUUAGACAUCAGAACCAUAUAGAAUAGCUGUAACCACCAAGUUUACUUAGACAUCAGAACCAUAUAGAAUAGUUCUAACCACCAAGUUUACUUAGACAUCAGAACAUAUAGAAUAGUUCUAACUAGAUUGGACUCAAAUCCUUCCUUCAAUGAUUGCUAUAACAUUAAACUCGUUCAUGCUGCAGGAUGACUACCACUCUGAGACGGGUCGUAUUGGUCGUGCUGAGAGCAUACAGAGUGUUCAUAGCGCCGUGUCACAAGAGUGGCAAGAACAGAGGCCUAUCAAGAGUGAGUCAAGAUGUGUGGCAUUUUUUAAUAGAUUUUGGUGAUUUGGCUGACACAUAAAAAGAUGGGUAGAGCUCUGACACAUAAAAAGAUUGGUAGAGCUCUGACACAUAAAAAGAUUGGUAGAGCUCUGACACAUAAAAACAUGGGUAGAGCUCUGACACAUAAAAACAUGGGUAGAGCUCUGGCUUGAGCAGGUGUUUCUCAAAAAGUUCAUACAUUUUUUUCAACAAUGAAAUGAAAGAAUAUAAAUUGUAUUUUGGUCAUUUCACCUAUAAAGUAACGGAUAUUUCAAAUGCAAUGACAACACUUUGGGAUUCCAUCUAUCAUAUCAAAUCAAUGACGCUGCUACUCACUGAAACUGUCAUUAUAUUUCUUAAUGCCUGAAUUGUAUGACUAAGUAUUAAAAAUGUUCUAAUGUGUUGUAAGAGAAAAAAUUUGAGAUUUAAAAAAAACAGCUGAUGUAGAUGAUGUCGGUUGCUGUUUGGCCAUGGAAAAUGUGCACUUUUGUGCUUACCAAACGUGUCUGUCUAUAUUGUUUUUAAUUUGUAAGUUUUGCUGUUUAAAUUUAAUCCAUAUUUGAAAAUUAUGUUUUAAAUGACUCAAGUUUCUGAGUCCAGAACCUAACCAUUAUACAUAUUCUGUUAAGUUUAGAGGAAUAUUUAAAUAACCUGUGUGGAAUCAAAGUGCCCCAACUUUCAGUCAAUGAAAGAGUCUCAAUCAACGUUAAUAUCUCUUGCUGUGUUUAUGACAAGUUGAUUUUUAACCCCGCCUUCAAUGCCCAAACUCCACUACCAUUAGAAAUAAAUGCCUUGUUUAUUUUAGUCCAACCAAUAGAGACUUAGAUAGAUAAAUGCCUGGUUUACUUAACCCACGAACUGUGGCAUGCAUCAUUCUGUAGUGUGGAGCUUUUCAGAGCGUUUUGAGUGCCUUUUGAAAUUGCAUUAAAUGACAUAGAAAUAUUGAUACAAGACCCCUAUAAGUAUAUAUUUUUAGAAAGGUAAAUGGAUGGGGAUAAAGUUGACCAUAUUGCCCACCCUGUAUAAAAAAUUUUGCUCAGUGUCCUUGACUUUGGAGUUCUCAAGAGACAAAAAUCGAAAAAAUGUCUUGCUUUCAAGUGCUCAUAACAUCAUUAAUUUUUAUAGAUACACUUAAAACACAAAUCUAAAUGUUGUAGCCAAUUCAUUUAUCUUUAAGAAAAUGUAUAGUUUGCUAAGGUUUUGAUUACAAACAAACAUCUGAAAGCAAUUUUAGGUCAUUUAUAUAAGAAACUAGGACCACUGCUAAAACCAAGUACAAAAUACAAAAUCUCAGGUAAAAUAGUUAUUAUUGACUAAUAAACAUUUAAAAAGGAACUUUGGAACUGAUUUGGGUUGUUUAACUAUAAAAUGUAUUAGUUCUGAACUAUAAUCUGUAGCUUCUAUGACUAAAAUUAGUCAGUCCUUGCCCAACCUACGGGCUUGGCUCGAAGUCUCACAGUAGCCUCAGUAGGCCUACUUCAGUUUCACUAAGACUAUUAUAAAAUUUACGAGAAGAAUAAUCUCAACUGAUAUCGUCAUGUGGAAUGUUAAAAUCAGUAUCACUUAAAAGCUCUCCUAAAAAGCUUUCAAACAUAUUUCUAUUAGUUCUUGCACUGAAGGCCCAGCCAUAGCUUCAACCAUUUUAGCUUUGAAAAAAAACAGAGAAAUAAAACUCUGAUUAAAAAGUGUUUAUUUUUAAAUUAUCAAGAAACAGCUUGAACAGGAAGAUGAUUUAAUUAUUAAUAAAAGGAAAGGGCUAUAAUUCCGGUUAAAUAUUGGAUUUGAAGUUGCUAUCGGACCGUUUUUUUUAUCGGCCGCCACAGUACAGAACAAGAAUGUCGGCCGAUUUUUCUUCCAACCAAUAGAGACUUAGAUAUAUAAAUGCCUUGUUUAUUUUUCUUCCAACUAACAGAGACUGCCAGUGACCAGCAGCUGUUCCAGAGCCUGUUGAUUCGUUGUGUCGUGCAACUUGAACUCAUUCAGACAAUAGACAACAUUGUUUUCUUCCCUGCGACAAGUCGGAGAGAGGAUGCUGAGAAUCUGGCAGUUGCUCAAGUAGCAGUCUAAAAUAGAGUUUAAAUCAUUCUUACAUUUUUAAAUGCUAAUACAUUCCUUAUUUUCAACAAGUUUAGUUUCUCAUAUACAAUUUUGUACAGGAGAUUCAUUUUAAAAUGUAACUUUCUUCUGUCAUAAAUAAUUUAACCCAUUCGCUACUAUUGCGACCAAAUGCGACAUACCCGCCUUGCUACUAAUGCGACCGAAUGCGCCAUGACGCCUAGCAACGUACACAUAACAUACAAUAUCGCGAGAAGCAUUGUUGCCUUGCGAAUAGCUUUGGGAAUUUAAGGAUGUGGGAAUAGAGCUGCUUCCGUUAAAAAAAACCGGAUGUUUCUACCAUUUACGGUUUGAAAGCUGCGUGGUGUUAAAGUCGGUCUAAGCUUAGCGAAUUUGUGACUCUGUUUUGUGAAUUAUUUUGCAAUGGCUUUUCAAUUUCUUGACUCUUUGAUUGCUGCCUCCACUUCUAAUUAUCAGGUAGAUAAUAAUUCUAACAAUGAGGAUGAAUCAGACAUUGAUAUUGAUCCAAACGCAUUAGAUUCAGAAUCAGAAAAUAAUACUGAUGACGAUGAAAGUGACGUUGAUGAUAGCGACCCAGACACUGUCACUGAGUCUUGGUCAGACAAUUUGACCAGUGUAACAGAUAAGAUGGAAAUAUUUCGUGAGAUAGAAGGUGGCAUCCAUAACCUUCCUAUUGAAAGCAAUCCAAUUGACUAUUUCAAACUGUUUUUGACCGAUGCCAUGGUGGAAAUUAUUGUAGUGGAAACCAACAGAUAUGCUGAGCAACAGCAGACUGCUAAGGGCCGAAAAGACACUCAGUGGAAGGCCGUCACUAAUGAGGACAUUUACAAAUUUUUAUACAUCAACAUUAUGUUUGGGCUCCAUAAAUUGCCCACUACUAAAUUGUACUGGUCCAGUGACAAACUAUGGAGGGUUCCUGCAGUUGCAGAUGUUAUGGGGCGCACCCGAUAUGAAAAAAUACGUCAAUAUUUUCAUAUCACGAACAGCGAACUCACUCCUGCCAAAACUAGUGUCAACUAUGAUCCCCUGUUCAAAGUCAGACCCCUACUGGACCAUAUUAGGAGUGUGUGCCAAACAGCGUAUAAACCACAACGACAGCUGUCAGUGGAUGAGGCAAUGGUUGGAUUUCGUGGCCGAUUAUCCUUCAAACAAUACUUGAGCAACAAGCCAACUCCAUGGGGCAUCAAAAUUUGGUGCUGCGCAGAAGCCAAAACCGGUUAUAUUCUUAACUUCCAAGUCUAUACCGGCAAAAAUAACAAUCCAUCAGAGCAUGGACUCGGAUAUAAUGUUGUCAUGAACAUGAUGGAACCAUACCUGGAUAGGUACCAUGAAGUUUUUUUUGACAACUUCUUUUCCUCCCCCAAACUCGCAGAGGACCUCCUACAACGGAAGACGUACAGCUGUGCAACCAUUAGACCUAACAGAAAAGGCUGGCCACUACCCAAAUCAAAACAGAAGAGGGGUAGUGUCAAAAUUAAACAGAAGGGUCUAAUGGUUGCCACACAAUGGACUGACAAACGGCAAGUCAACAUACUUUCAACAAAUUCUGACCCGGUGGUUACCACAGUGCAACGCCGGUCGAAACAUGGAAUGGUGGACACAGAGAUCCCAAUGCCUGUUGUCAACUACAACUCUGGUAUGUUUGGUGUUGACUUGUCAGACCAACAUCGUGCCUACUAUCCUGUGGGAAGAGCAUCUACGAAGUGGUGGAGGUAUCUCUUUUGGUACAUCAUAGACCUCUCAAUGGUCAACAGCUUUCUCUUGAUGAAAAGCGCCAAACCAACAGAUGCCGCAGACUCUCCUGCCAAAAAUCAUCUGCUAUUUAGAAAAGCUGUUUUGGACCAGCUUUUGACUGGAGCUAGAGCUACACAAUGCAGGCAACCUGACACACCAAGUGUCUCUGGCAGAUGCAGCCUGUACAACAGCCAGCACAUGUUAAGCCCAAUGCCUGGCCGCAAACGAAGGUGCUACCAGUGCUCUGUUGAUGGCAACAAGAUGGACAGCGGUAGAACCAGAGAGACGACAACGGGCUGUCAUUUAUGUCAGGUCCACCUACAUAAGGACUACUGUUUUUCAAAGUUCCACGAAACACUUGAACAAUAAUAAAUGACAAACAAUGGGGGUCAACGCUAAGAAAAAGCUGUGUAAAGUUGAAAACUUUUUUUCCAGAAUUUAUUUAAAAUAUAUUUGUCAAUUAAAGUAUACAAACCUAUACAUUUUUAGAAAGGUAAUCCAAUUUUUUAAUGUAUGUCUUGUCAUUUUAAGUUGAUGUUUAGUUGUUUAAAAACAUUUUUAUUUAACAUGGGGGUGCUAAAAACAUUUUUAUUUAACAUGGGGGUGCAUGUUUUUUUGAGAGUGAUCUCCCCUUGCUUAGUAUUUCAAGGUGUGUUUUGGUGUUAGUGGUUAGUAGCGAAUGGGUUAAAUAUACUCUGACAGGGUGAGAGCAGCAAAAAACAUCAUCAUAAUUUAUUUAAUAAAACAACUAAUGUAAUUGUCAUAGGGAGGCGACAGUGACUCUCUGACCGACUCUUACCAUGAACAUGUUGGAGAUGAGCAAGGCAUGUAUCAAUACUUGUCUUCUGGUCAGCUGCUCUUGUUUGUUGACUGUCUGCUUGAGUCUCACAGAUUUGCCAAAUCUUUCAACUCUAACCAUGAACAGAGGAACAUUCUCUGGAAGGCUGGUAAGUGAACAAACAUUCUCUUGAGAUGAUGUUAAAGUGAUCAAAGCAUCGGUAGGAGGUCAAGGCUGAAGACAGAAUCUAAUGUUUUGAAAAUUUUGUAGUGCUUGACAAAUUGAAAAAAAAACUUGAGGAUAAUAUCAUAAUUAUUAUAUCUGAUGCUAAAUUGAAUUUUUUUAAAAGUGCUGUUUUUAUGACACUAAUGGGGAGAGACUGCAAGGAGGUUAGAAAAAUAGAAAUGUGCUAAACAAAGCAUGGAAUUUCAAUGGAAUGUGUUCUUAUUUUCAGGUCUUCCCAUACUGUUUUGCUCAUUUCCUUGGGUUUUUUUAAAUCUUUAUUUUGAGCUGAUGAGAAAAUACAACUAUUUUAUUGACUUACAUUUAUAAAGCAGUAAGUUACUUUUAGUUUUAGGUGAAAGUAUCUGGCCAGGAAAUUUUCUGACCAGUAAAGCAUCUGGCCAGGAAAUUAUCUGACCAGAAAAGCAUCUGACCAGGAAAUUAUCUGACCAGAAAAGCAUCUGACCAGGAAAGUAUCUGGCCAGGAAAGUAUCUGACCAGGAAAGUAUCUGGCUAAGAAAGCAUCUUACAAGGAAAGUAUCUCGCCAAGAAAGUAUCUGGUCAGGUUUGCUACUAUUAAAAUUAUUUGAUUUUUUUUGGAGAUGUUUGCACUGAAUGUAAUCUUGUUGAAUGGUUAACUUAACUUGUACGUUGUUUACCAGGUUUCAAAGGCAAAGCCAAGCCCAACUUGUUAAAACAAG